UCUAGUCCUUCACUCAAAAGUCAAUCUUUCCCACUCAUACCCCCCUCUUUCCUCUAUCCUUCCCCACUUCCCUUCUCUAUAUAAUCACCCCUUCACAUUCCAACCGACACCCAUUUUCCAUUUCCACCAUAGCAACUGUUUGGUUUGGAAUUUGGUUCCACAAACAAACAUGGAGGUUGUUCUACCAGUUGCACCACCUACUCCUCCAGUAGACUUCAACUUCGACAGUAACUGUUCCUCUCCUUACAUCACUGCUCCUUCUUCCCCUCAACGCUUUGCCAACAACUUCUUCUUCAGUGCUCCUACCAGCCCCUCUCGUGUUUCACCUCUUUUCUCUGAAUCCUCUCUUCCUUUUCAUCAAGAAACCAAACCCAACAACCACCAUAACAACUACAGUUUUGGCAACGAUGACGAUUUUGAGUUUGAUUUCAGUGGCAACCUCCAAAAAGAGUCUCUUUCCGCCGCCGAUGAACUCUUUGACGGUGGAAAGAUCCGUCCCAUGAAACCGUUGCCACCAAAUUCUCCGAGAACCCGAAAGAAAAAAGCGGUUCAUGAUAAUACUGAGAGAGAUUCUAAUCCAUUUGAAGCUGCAAUUGAAGAAACUUUGAGAAAAGAAGAAGAGAAACGAGGGAGAGAGAGGGUAACAUCUUCUGGUAGGAAAGGAAGCAGGUCUUUGUCUCCCUUAAGAGUCUCAGACAUCAUAGAAAACUCAGAAGAUAAAGAUGUUUCUGUUUCUUCUUCCACAAGUAACAACGUGAAAUCGUUCUUGUCUUUCACUAAAGGUUAUAGAAAAUGGAAGAUAAGAGAUUUUCUUUUAUUUCGAAGUGCUUCUGAAGGAAGAGCUAAUGAAAAAGAUCCUUUGAGAAAGUACACAGCUUUGUCUAAGAAAAGUGUUGUGGAAGAUGAAGUUAGGAAUUCUAGUUUCCGGUCUAAUGAGAGUUCCGGUUCAUUUUCGAGGCGGCGUGGACCGGUUUCGGCUCAUGAAAUUCAUUAUACAAUAAACCGGGCUGUUACUGAGGAGAUGAAGAAGAGAACAUUCUUGCCUUAUAAGAGAGGUUUGUUAGGUUGCUUGGGGUCUGAUAAUCGUAUGGAUCAGAUUUCUAGGGGAAUAGGGUCUUUCUCACGUUCCUAAUCAUUCAUAAUCCAUAUCUUGUUUUUUUUCAUUAUUUUUUUAGAGGGCUCUAUGCUGUUGCCAAACAUGUUCUUUUCUCAUUUUCAUGUUGUUGAGUCUGAAAUUUGUAUGAACAUAAUAUCAUAAUCGUACCCUUCACACACAAACAUAUAUAAAAAAGGUUCUUUCAUA